AUGAUAGAAUGUGAAAUUAAAUAUGAGUUAAUUGAACUGAUUUUUAGAAUUAGAUUUCAAGAAGAUUCUCAACAACAUAUUAUAGAAUCUAAAGAAUUUCCAAGUGAUGCUGCUAAUAAUUAUUUACAA